CACAAUCGAUGUUUGCCAGCUCUAUAUUGUUCAGUGAAAAUGCAGUGCAUCAAGAUAUUGUUUUCCAUGAGCUUUUUAAUCACGUAUUCCUUCGCUAGUACGAAACAAAAAAGAUCCUUGGUAUUUCCUCCAACGAGUCUUUACGGGACGUUCCUCGCGAUAGCCGUCCCCAUUGACAUUCCAGACAAAAACGUGUUUGUCUCUUACAACUUUGAAUCGAAUUACAGCGUUUUAACGAACAUCACGGAAAUAGAUGAAGUGUUAUUCCCUAAUUUACCGGUGGUGAGUUCGAGACAGAGUCGUAGUGUCACAAGAGAACUCGCAUACACCGUUCUGGAAACUAGAUUCAAAGAACACGGUAUGAACGGCAGGGAAUGCAUGCUGAGAAACAUAUGCGAAGCCGCUGAAACUCCUCUGCAUCAUAAUGGAUUAUUAGGGCACAUUAUGCAUAUUGUGUUUACGCCAUCAGCAUCGAAAGAUGAAGGUCUAGACGACGUGUACUAUGAAGCCGAAGCAGCCGGUCAGAGAGGUGACUGCGACAGAUAUCUGGACGACUGCCCCCUCAGUCUCUUUGACAUGAUCACUAGACUCGUGGAAAUACAUUCAUGA